CCGGCCGGCCCCUGAGGGGGAGGUGGGCCCGUCGCCGCGCCGCCUCUCCCCUUCCCCACCUGGCGCUCCGCAAACUUGUCGCCGGGACAGAGGCGCUCCGGCAUAGCCCAGCCCCCGGCUCCAGUGGAUGUGCCCCCCUCGGCGGGGCGAGGGCGGCUGGCACCUGCUGACGCCGGGACCGGCUUCGUCUCCGCCGCCGUCGGGAGGCGGCGGGGCAAGAGCUGCUGAGGCCAGGGCGGGCGGUGGCUCCCUGCUGCCCGCGGCGCCGCGCGGUACCGCGGCCAGCUGGGACACGAAGCCUGUGGAGAGGAACAUGAAGCCUUUCAGGAAGGCUUUCAAGAGGAAUAGCCAGUAGACUGCUUUAAAGUCAACAAGAGCUUUUGUGACAAAAAGAGCAGGGCCUGGAGGACUGGUGACAGGGAGCAACUGUUUUUGAAUACCUGCACUAAAUCUCAACAGUGCCAGUUGCUGGAGGGUAAAAAAUUACCAGACAUGUCCAUUGCACUCAAGCAAGUCUUUAAUAAGGAUAAGACUUUCCGUCCCAAACGCAAGUUUGAACCUGGGACCCAGAGAUUUGAGCUUCAUAAACGAGCACAGGCCUCUCUGAACCCGGGUGUGGACUUGAAAGCAGCAGUGCAGUUGCCAAGUGGAGAAGACCAAAAUGACUGGGUGGCCGUCCAUGUUGUUGACUUCUUCAACAGGAUCAACCUCAUUUAUGGAACUGUCUGUGAGUUCUGCACAGAGAGGACUUGCCCAGUGAUGUCUGGAGGCCCUAAGUAUGAGUACCGGUGGCAGGAUGACGUGAAGUACAAGAAGCCCACAGCACUGCCAGCACCCCAGUAUAUGAACCUUCUCAUGGACUGGAUCGAAGUGCAAAUCAACAAUGAGGUUAUAUUUCCUACAAGUGUAGGUGUUCCCUUUCCAAAGAAUUUCCUUCAGAUCUGCAGGAAGAUACUCUGCCGGCUUUUUCGGGUGUUUGUUCAUGUCUACAUUCAUCACUUUGACCGCAUCAUCCUUAUGGGGGCUGAGGCCCACAUCAAUACCUGUUACAAGCACUUUUAUUAUUUUGUGACAGAGCUCAACCUCAUAGACCGCAAAGAACUAGAGCCUUUGCCCAGGUGCAGCGCCACCCUGGCACAGGCUCAACUACAUGACUGUGGGUCAACAUGCCCUGUUGAUGCUCCUUUUCCCACGGAACAGUCUGGCUAGCUUCCAUCACCUAUCUCCUCGACAUUCUUCCGCACUUUCCCUAACAAAGAAAGAGAUGACAACCAGGAUGUGUCACUAAAAAGCUAACCACUGAAGAAAAGCAAAACUCAAUUUCCUUCUUACUGCAGAGCUUAAGAACAUGACAGCCCUUGUGCACUGAACCUGCCUGUUAAACCAUAGGAAGAGAAAAGCUGAGAAGCAAGAAAGCUGAGAACCAGUUAUUUUCGCAGAUGCUUCCCACCACUGUCAAUGUUAUUAACCCUGACUAUCCUGCUACGAACCUCAUCUGAGUGACAUGGAUUACUGCAAAAAAAAAAAAGAAUCAACUUCAUAUUAGCUCUGGCUCCUCCGUUAGGGAUGAGAACCUCUUUAGCCAUGAAUGACAGCUCAUGUUCCUGCCGCUAAGGCUUUACUGAAAUUUGGGUCCCUAGGCUGACCUCCAGAUUUGUCAUUUUGAAAUGAAACUAUAUUGUUAGCUGCAAUGUUGUUUUCUUUGUGUUUUGUUCCCCAGUAAUGUGCAUUGUUUCGAAGUACAAUGGAAUAUUAAAACACUCUGGAAUCACAGAAGAGUUUGAGACUUUCAUGUCCCUCACCUCUCACCAGGCCUCCCAGUGCCUUAUCAGCAUUCCCAAAUGCCAGAGCGCCUUGUAUUUCCAGGCACAAAGUUGUGUCCUCUAGCUGAUCAGGCAGUUUGUGCUUCAUUGUGACUCAUAAUUGGUUGACAAUGGGACAGAUUCUAAUCUCAAUUACAUUAGUGGAAAUCCAGAUUUAGCUCUGCAAUGUUGAUGACUUUUCUUUGAAUUCUUACUAAUGUGACUGACAGAAAAUCUGCUCAGUAUCUAUACACUACACUACAGAAGGAAAAAAAAAACUAUAGUCAGCAUUCUCCUAAAUACCUUAUAAAGUGCACUGAUCUGUUACAUAAUUUGAUGUGCCCUGCCUCUUUCAGAAAAAGGAUCCCUCUCAUUCACUUUAGAGCUUGGUAUUUCCAGGAAAAAGGGGAUUUAAUUUGGUAAUUGUGAGGAAGAUAUGGUGAAGAAGAUAACUAGUUUAAGGGUCAGGACCAGAAGACCUAAGUGCCAAUGUCCGUUGCAUCUAAACAGUGUUCAGCAGUAUAGUCUGCUUUCCACAUUGGAAUAAUACAGAUUUUUUUUUUUUCUCCUAUACUCAGUACAGCUUAACCAAUACAUUUGUGGGCAGCCUGAAAGGGUUGACUGCAGUAAAUCCAGUCUUCUGGGUCAAUUGCCUAUUAAAGGAUAUCUUGUAUCAUUCUCCAAAGUGCCUGGUCUUGGCACUGUUGGAGAUGGAGCUGUAGCCAGUACAGUGCUAUUGAAUUUUACUACUGUAAAUUCCCAUCUAGCAUUCUCACAGCUGGGCAGUACUGCAGUGCUAUAUUUUAAAGAUUAACAUAAAAAUGCAAAUCUGUGGAGUUUUGUCCAGAAAGAUCAAACUGUCAGCAGCUAAAUGAAAAAAAAGUAUUUUAUGUAUAAAAUCAUUUAUUCUCCAUUUUGUUAAGCUACUUCCUAUAUGCUAUUUUGAGGCUAACUAUAGCACAGUCUAAAGAUGCACCAGAGUUUGUACCCAGUCAUUUUGAAUUACUUUUGAUUAAGUUUUUUUGUGGCUGCAUUAUUCUCAGUGUUUGCAAAACUUAUCUGUGGCAGGAUAUUUUCCUUUUUCUAAAACUGUCUUUCAAUUUAAUAAACUCUUGUGUUUCAUUAGCUGUUUCUGUUAGCCCUUUUGGAGUGGUGACAGGCAUCAGGCCAAAACCUUGUGCAUAAGAGACAGGGAAGUGGCUUCAUGGGCAUCCUUUUCAUUUUCCUUACGUGCAGUCUGGUAUCUCGGCAUUUUACAUCUAUGGAACUGGAUUUAUUAUUUAAAAUGCCACAUAGAGCCCAAAACCCAAACUGAAGUGUGCUAGGUGAUGAUGAAAUACAGUAUCUCCUAAUGAGGUUGGGCUUUUGGCAGGAUAUCUCCCAACAAGUAUUCUUGUAUUUAGUACAGAUGUAUUCAGCCAUGGUGGGACCAGCUCUUGCCAUGGACCAUUUCUCCUUCUCCUGUGCCUGAGAUUUGAUAUCCUAACAAGAGCAGUGUCUGGAAUGUGAUAUCACUACAUAAAAGUGUCAUAUUACCUCUCCCCACAGAGGUGAGAGGUGCAAUGCCCUGUUGGAGCUAGUUCUGGAGGAUUCCAGCUUCAUCAGUAAUUUCCUCUGGACCACCUUUAGACAGAAUCUUAUUUUGGUUAUUAGUCAAUGUAAGGGUGAGGCGGGGGCACCGCCUGGACUCCCAGCAGGGACGGAUACACAAACACAAGGCAUACGAUGGCCAAUACGGAGCAUUUAUUACCUCUGCAUCUGAACGGGGGUUCCCCGACGUUUUCCCAAUCAAGGCAAUAAUAGAGUGGGGGAUCCCUGGCACCACUGAGCAUCGGUCCAGGGUGAGGAACACCGUGGGGGGGGCACUAGAUGAAGUUUUUAUGUACCAUACACAUGCACAGUAAGCAUGUUGAGCUCAUUGGUAUUCCCGAAUCAAAGCCCAGGUGCAGCGCCAGCCUGGCACAGGCUCAACUACAUGACUAUGGUCAACAUGCCCUGUUGAUGCUCCUUUUCCCACGAAACGGCCUGGCUAGCUUCCAUCGUCUAUCUCCUCAACAUUCUUCUGCACUUUCCCAUACAAUCACAGAUCCUGAUUUUUCAUUCUCUCUGUAGAAUGGUAGAAGCAGAGGGCAGAUGGUACCUGCAACCACUGUGAAAUAGGAUAUACAGUGUAUAAAACAGAAAUAUGCUUCUAUCACACACUAUGCUUUAAGAAGGGGACAGCACUGGGGAACCCAAUAUAAACAAGUCAUCAGUGAUCAGACCUUUUUCUUAUACUGAAGAAAUUAAAAACAUCUUUAAGUCUUUAGUUCCAUGGGCAAAGCAAAUCUAAUCAGUAAUAAGAACCAGGUAGUGAUAUACGUUUAAAUCCAAAAUGAUCAAAGCUGAUUCUUCAUGUAUUUCAUGCUAAAGAGAGAGGCAACAUUUUCCAUGGUCUAGUCAAACAAAGUUGAAGUUUUUAAAGCAGCAGGUGUUUCUUUUCUGUUCUUCUGUUCUGUUCUGUUUCUUUUAGAAAGCUUUCUUAUUUUAACACAGAUAUUUUAUAAUAAAGAUUUAUAAUACAAUAUUAUCCCAGGGGAAAAAAAAAUCACUUGUCUGAUCUAAUUCAUGUGUGCAUGUGCAUAUAUGUUUGGGUGGGCAGGUGGAUGUGGAAGUGUGGUGAAUGUGUGUAUCUCUGGCUCUUUCCCCCAGAACACAUUUUUUUUCUUCUUGUAAUUUUUGAGGGAGAUGUAUAUU